GUGCUGUGCCGAGGUGGCUGGAAGCUGGCCAUGUUCUGAAGCGGUUCUCCCGGACCCGCCUCGGAUCCGCACGGCGCAGCUCGCGGCUCUCGGUGGAGGAACUGCCCGCCCCGCGUCCCCCGCGCGGUGCUCGAAUCAUGGCAAGUCCAAGAACAAGGAAAGUUCUCAAGGAAGUCAGAGCACAAGAUGAGAACAACGUCUGCUUUGAAUGCGGUGCGUUUAACCCCCAGUGGGUGAGUGUGACUUAUGGAAUCUGGAUCUGUCUGGAGUGCUCAGGAAAACACCGAGGCCUGGGAGUCCACCUCAGUUUUGUACGUUCUGUAACUAUGGACAAAUGGAAAGAUAUUGAGCUGGAGAAAAUGAAGGCUGGAGGUAACAGCAAAUUUCGAGAGUUCUUGGAGUCUCAGGAUGACUAUGAUCCCUGCUGGUCAAUGCAAGAGAAGUACAACAGCAAAGCUGCAGCACUUUUUAGAGAUCAGGUUGCUACAGUAGCUGAGGGCAAGGAGUGGUCCCUUGAAACUUCUCCUGCCAGGAACUGGACACCACCUCAACCUAAAACAUCUCUCUCUUCCACCCAUCGUAGUUCUGCUGGACCUCCUCAGAAUGCAGCUGCCUCUUCUGACAAGGCUUUUGAAGACUGGUUAAAUGAUGAUGUCAACUCCUACCAAGGGUAAUGCAAUAUUUAUUAA